CAGAAACAUCCAGGUAUUGUCCUGACCAGCGUGUGAUCAUAUAAGAGCUGACCAAUGGUUGGCUGUAACAGAGUGUCCACAACGACUCAUCUGGCGUUGGAUAUGACUAUUUCAUUUUAUUCAUAAAAGUGCUGCUGUUGAGGGUUGAUGAAAAUGAAGUGGACAUGGGUGCUGCUGCUCCUCGGGGGCUCUUUAGCGGGGAUCUGCUUAGGAUGGACAUACCACCACUCCAACACCACCAUGAACUGGAACCAGGCUCGGGAGUGGUGCAGGAACAGGUACUCGGACAUGGUGGUCAUCCAGAGCCAGGAUGAAAACGACAAGCUGGUCUCCUUUUUGCCAAACAAGAUCUCCAGCCCGUACUACUGGCUGGGACUCACCAGGACACACAAGGAUGGGAACUGGACAUGGAUAGGGAAUAACAGCACUUGGAUGGGCGAGGACUCGUGGGCGGAAAACGAGCCCAACAACAACCACAGCAUGGCCGUCUGUGUGGAGAUCUACGUCAACAACGGCACCAACCGAGGGAAAUGGAAUGAUGAGAAGUGCGGCCAGAAGAAAUAUGCAGUUUGCUAUCGAGCUCAGUGUAAUGCCACCAUAUGUGGCCGAGGACGAUGUCGGGAAGCUGUUAACAACUUCACCUGUCUAUGUGUGGCCGGCUUUGAGGGAGACAGGUGUCAAACAGCUAAACAGAGUCUCAAUGAUACCGUGUUGGCAGGAACUACUUUUCCAUCAGCCUCUUAUUCUUCUGCGCCCCCAGCUGUGGACUGCACCCCGCCGUCUCACCCUGAUGGAUACCUCAGCUGCGCAGAUGGGAACCAUACAGUUAACGCAACGUGUCAGUUCAAAUGUCACCAUGGCUUCCUGAUGAUCGGCUCGGCAGACGUCACCUGCGAAGCCACGGGGGUUUGGAGCAGCCCCACGGCAACUUGUGCAAGGUACAAGCCCAUCCUGAUGGCUGUAGCAGGUUGCUGCACUCUCACUGUUUGCUGUUGUUUCAUGUGUUUUUGUGGCCGAAAGAACAAAAGGAAAAAGCCAAGCAAAGAGAGACAGGACCGUCUAGUCAGCUGUCGACUUGAGGACGAACUGAUGUUUCCCUAAUAAGUAUACACGAUUUGGUUCCUCAUUGGACCCGCAACAUACUCUUGAUAUCCCAUGUUUCAUUGUUCAUAUUGUUGUUGCAGCUGGACUACCCAGCAUGCCUUGCAGGCCUUUGGAAAUAAGUUAUGUGUUAUGUUUAGCGCUUAUAUGUAGUUCUUGAUUUUUGUGAUGCGUUAACUAACUGUGGAUGUGUUUUGUUUUGUUGCCCCCCCUUCUGAAGAACAUGAGACAUUUAAUUUACUUGAACCCGUCUGUAAUUAGCACCUUUUAUUAUAUCAUUAAGCCAGCAGUCACUGUUAAAGUUAGGGUUGUUUUUCUUUACUAUAACUCAUCUAAAAAAGAUUUCAUAAUGCAUUUUUGUUGUAGGGUUUUAUCCAGUCAUCCACUUACCGUUUACCUCUCUGUAAAGUAAGUGGCGUUUUACCCCAUUUCGUCAUGCUAUGGUAUAGUCUCCCCUCAGUAUUCUACACAUGAAUAACAAAUUAUUUCAUGUUUCAGUCGCUCAUAGCAAUAAGUACUAAUGCACACGCUAUUAUGUAUGUUUAACUUUC